ACCACCACUAAUAACCAAAAGCAAAAAAGUAAAGUAAACAAAACCGAAUCCUUUGAGGAAAUCAGGUAAAUCUUAAGAUAUGAGCAAUAGCGAGGACUCGCAGCAGUAUCUGAACGACAUGCUGGUCAAAGAGGAAGACGAGGCCUCCGGCGACGAAUCGGACAAACAGGAUGGGGGGAUUAUGCUGCGCGAACAGGACCGCUUCCUGCCCAUAUGCAACAUCAUCAAGAUCAUGAAGGUGCCUGUGCCGCAGAACGGGAAGAUCGCCAAGGACGCCCGCGAAUGCAUCCAGGAGUGCGUCUCCGAGUUUAUAUCCUUCAUCAGCAGCGAGGCAAUCGAACGCAGCGUGGCGGAGAAUCGCAAAACGGUUAACGGGGACGACCUGCUGGUGGCGUUCAGCAAUCUGGGAUUUGACAAUUACGUGGAACCACUCUCCAUUUACCUGCAAAAGUACCGAGAUUCAAACAAAUCGGAUCGCAAUCUCUUCCUGGACGCCGGUUACCCACAUAACGAAGAUGGAUCAUCCGCGAACGAGGCCGGAAAGCAGUAGCCCCAAAUUCACCUACAUUGGUAGCUAAGUUUCCAAACAAAGUUCUGGCAUAAAGAAUAAUUCUUAGAAUAAUUUAAAGUGUUUCUCUAUAAACUAAAGCGUUAGCUUUUUAAGUAAACAAUGCAUUACCUUCACAAAUAUAUUUUUUUUCAACUUUUUAUCAUCUCUUAAAAUUUUGAAAUAAAGUUAGAAACUUGUCAUUUAAGAACAUAAACAAGAACACUUCCCUGCCAAAACUAUCAGGUAGUGUUUAAGCAAUAUAUGUACAUCUUUUUUACGGAUUGUAAUAACAGAUUUUGUAAGCAUACGCCGUUUUUGCACAAAACAUAGUCAAACUCAAGUUUUAAGGUAUUCAUAUUACAAAAAUUAAGGAUAUUAAUUGUUACGUAUACGUAAAUUAAGAAAAUUACCAAUAUAUAUAACCAGUAAUCAAAUUUAUAAAGAAAACAUGUCCAUUUAUAAAUUUAAAAUAAAUGGCUAAAGUUAGGACACACAUACUCA